AUGGGCGAUAUCAGUGAACCCCAGGAUACGCCAGUAUUGCGAGCUAAACUCGAGGAAAAGAAGCUGUAUUCGUUCGACGAUGUAAUUCGAGAGCGAGCAGAAGACUUGGAACAAGUUCCUCUCAUUGCGUAUCCUAAGACGACAGAUGGAGUCGACGAUUAUGAGUUCUUCACUGGAAAGGAGCUCAAUAGAUUGGUUGACGGAGCUGCGAAGGCCUUGAUUGGGAUGGGUGUUCAACCUGUGUACCAAGAUACCGUAGCAGCAAUCUACGGUCCCUCAACCCUCUCCUACAUCCUCACCAUCUUCGCCCUCGGCCGCCUAGGCUACACAACAUUCAUCCUCUCACCUCGCCUUCCCGUCUCAGCAUGCGUAUCUCUCCUCUCCAACGCAAAAGCCACCCUCCUCUUCCACGCGCCACAAUACCUCUCCCUCGCCACCAAAACCUCCCGCGAAUUCCCACUGACACUCUUCCCCAUCCUCACACGCUCACAAUAUGAUACCCCAUCCUCGAUCCAGACCCCAGAAUUCAGACGAGACAAUAUCGACGGCGAAGCAGAGAAAAAGAAGAUUCUGAUCUUGAUGCACUCCUCUGGUAGCACCGGGACGCCAAAACCAAUCGACUACCGCAAUGCCCGUCUCUUCGCCACUUUUCGGACUGCGCAGAAAUUGACUGCUUUUCAAUCCGUGCCACUGUUUCAUGCUCAUGGCUUCAUAUCUUUCAUCCAAGCUAUUUUUGUGAGGAAGUGUAUAUUCAUGUUCAAUGGUUUGAUGCCACAGACUAAUGAGACCGUGACGAAAGCUAUUAAAGGCGCGGUGUUGGAUGGUCAGGCUGCUGAGGUCAUUUGGACGGUUCCGUAUGUGUUAAAAUUGUUGUGUGAAGGCGGAAAAGAUGGGGAGGGAGUCAAAGUCUUGAAGAGAUGUAAGCUUGUUAGUUGUAGUGGAAGUAGGACACCUGAUGAAUUGGGAGACUUACUCGUUAGCGAAGGAAUCAAAUUCGGGACCGUUUUCGGCGCCACGGAAGUAGCAAUGAUCCUAACAUCCCUCAACCGACCACCAGGAGACAACGCAUGGAACUACCUCCGUCCACCCCCUCACAUCGCACCCUUCAUCCUCAUGCGCCCUCUCCCCUCCCAACCCCCAUCUCUGCCUGCCCACGAAGUAGUCCACGAAUGCGUCGUCCUCGACGGCCACGUCGGCAAAAUGAAAAGCAAUUCCAACGACCCCCCAAACUCAUACCACACAUCCGACCUCUUCAUCCCUCACCCCACUAUCUCAAACGCAUGGAAACCCAUCGGCCGCCUCGACGACCGUAUCACCUUGCUGAACGGCGAGAAAGUGCUCCCGCUCGCGAUCGAAGGGCGUAUCACCCAGCAUCCUUUCGUCAGAGAAGCGGUCGUGUUCGGUGUUGAUCGUUCUGUGCCUGGUCUUCUGCUUUUUCGAGGCGCAAAUGCAAGGGGUUUGAGCGAUGAGGAGUUUCUUGAUCGGGUGUGGCUUGUGAUUGAAGAUGCGAACUCGAAGGCUGAGGGAUUUUCGCAGAUUUCGAGGGAGAUGAUCGUUGUGCUAGGUGAGGAAGUCGAAUGUCCUGUUACUGACAAGUCUUCGAUUAAGCGAGCGGCUGUGUAUCGAGAUUUUGCGUCCGUGAUUGAAGAGGUGUAUGUUCGACUUGAAUGUUCGCAAGAGGGUAGUUUGGUCCUUGGAGUUGAAGAGAUGGAGGACUGGAUUAUGAAGAUAUUUGAGGAUAUGGGAAUUGUGCUUGAAAGUAAGGAGAUGGACUUCUUUUCUGGUGGAGUGGAUAGUUUGAAAGCUAUUCAGAUGAGGUCGGUGAUUAUCAAGAGCCUGGAUCUAGGUGGCAAUGCAGCGAAGUGUCCGAGUAUGGUGGUUUAUGAUUCGAAGAAUGUCUCCGGGCUGGCCAAGGCUUUGAUCAGCUUGCGGACAGGGAGCGAGGUUGAGGAGAAAGAUGCAAUUAAAGAGAUGGAAGAGUUGAUUCAGAGAUUCUCUGUCUUUGAGAAGAGGGGUGUCACUUUUGAAAAGGAAGGUGGCAGCUGUGUUGUUCUUCUAACAGGAGCAACAGGCUCUCUCGGCUCCCACAUCCUCAACCAACUCAUCUCCAAUCCCGCCGUCUCCAAAAUAAUAUGCCCCAUCCGCACCACCUCCUCUGAAACAUAUCUCUCUCGCCUCUCAACUUCCCUCUCAGCCCGAGGCUUCCCCCACCUCUCCACAUCCCCGAAAAUCCUCCCUGUCCCCAACGACAUCACGAACCUCCCAUCCUCCCUCACUCUCCAAAUAACACACAUAAUCCACUGCGCCUGGCCCGUAAACUUCGCCCUCCCCCUCUCAAUCUUCGCCCCACACCUCUCCACCCUGCAUUCCCUAAUCAACCUCUCCCUCACCACCUCCUCAAAGCUGCUCUUCUGCUCCAGCGUCGGCGUCGCAAUAUCCACGCCCAGUGGCUCCAUCCCCGAACACCCCAUCCCCUCCCUCCACCACGCUUCAGCCACCGGCUACGCGCGCUCUAAACUCAUCGGCGAGCGCAUCCUCGAGGUCGCUGCUAGGGAAUACGGCGCUGACGCGCAUAUCCUGCGCAUUGGACAGAUUGUGCCGUCGAUGAGGGAGGGGGAGGGGAGUAUGUUGUGGAAUGAGAGUGAGAUGAUCCCGUUGAUGGUCAGGAGUGCGUUGGUCACGGGUGUUUUGCCGGAUUUAGCGGGGGAGAGGUGUUCGUGGGUGGAUUUGGGGACGUUGGGGAGGGCUGUUGUGGAGAUUGCUGGGUUGGAUGGGGAGGGAGAGGAGAGGUUGGUGUAUAAUUUAGUUUCUCCGAGGUCGUUAGGGUGGAAGGAGGACUUUUUGAAAGGGCUGAAGGAAGCGGGACUGGGUUUUGAGGUUGUGGGGAGGGAGGAGUGGUUGAAGAGGUUGAAGGAGAGUGAAGCGGAUGUGGAGAGGAAUCCGAGUAGGAAGUUGCUUGGUUUUUGGGAGGUGCAGGGGAGCGGUGAGAAGAGGGAUGUAGUGUUUGAGACGAGAGAGACGGAGAAGAGGAGUAAGGCUUUGAGGGAGAUGGGUCAGUUGAUAGAGGGAGAUUAUGUGGCGAAUCUUUUGAAAGCUUGGCGGGAAGUAUGGUGA